UCAGAGCCUCUGCUCACCAUGAGCCGGCAGCCACAGCCCCAAACUGGGCGGACAGUGCGCUCCUCGUCCCUCCCGGCGUCGCCGACUUCACCCAUGUCCCAGUAUGCGUCCCGCUCAGACUCCAAGGGAGCACUGGACAGCAGCAGCCCCGAAGCCAACACGGAAGAUGACAAGACCGAGGAGGACUUGCCUGAGCCCAAGAACUAUCUGUGGCUCACCAUUGUCGCGUGUUUUUGCCCAGCGUACCCAGUCAACAUCGUGGCUUUGGUCUUCUCCAUCAUGUCUCAGAACAGCUACAAUGACGGAGACUACGAAGGAGCCAGGAGGCUGGGGAGGAAUGCCAAGUGGGUGGCCAUUGCCUCCAUCAUCAUUGGCCUGCUCAUCAUCGGUGUUUUCUGUGUGGUGCAGUUCUACAGGAACAGCUGAAAAGAGGGACCAUCAAGAUUGGCAGAGUGUGAAGCAAUGGCAACUUUACUACAG